AUGGCGGACAAGAACGCUGCUGCGGCGGUGAUGAAGCCGGCGACGAGGGCGUACGUCACGCUCCUGGCGAACGACGGCGCCGACGACGAUAGCUUCAAGGGCGUGGUGGGGCUGGCAAAGGGCCUUCGCAACGCCGGCUCGGCCUACCCGCUGGUGGUGGCCGUGCUGCCCGACGUGCCGGAGUCCCGCCGCCGCGUCCUCAUGGAUGAGCUGGACUGCGUCGUCCGCGAGGUCCAGCCCGUGUACCCGCCCCACUACAACAAGCUCCGCCUCUGGGAGUUAAUGUCGCCGUCGUGGCCGCUGGCCGGCUUCGUGCAGUUCGUGGAGUACGAUCAGAUGAUGUACCUGGACGCAGGCUUUCAGGGGUCGUUGGAGAACAUCCACGAGAAGUUCGAGCCGAACCACGGCCCGCCGCCGGCGCCCUACGUCGACGCCGACAUGUUCGUGUACACACCCAGCAUGGCCACCGCCAGGCUCCUUCUCCACAUGCUCGCCGUCAUGAUGAGGCCGCGCACCACCAUCGCCGAUCAUCAGCAAGCAGCGGCCGGCAGCAGCCGACAAUUCAGUAACAGCCUCACAACAGCCAUGCAAGUGAUGAAGGUAUUCUUCAUGGCGGCCGUUGCUGUUGUCACCAUCUAUCUUCACUAUUACUAA